UUGAAUUUGAAAUGCAAAUCCAGGCCACCACCACUUCCCCAUUAAACCUUUUUGUAUUUUCUGAAUUUUAAAUUUUUAUAAUAAAUUAUAAAUAAAACCUUUCAUUUCAUAAUAAACCCUAAUUUAAAACCCCGGAAGCCGAAACCCUUACCCGUUUACUGCAUCUCCAAAUAUCUCAAUCUUCAUUUCUUAACAGUUCAAAAAACCCUACAAUUUCCCAAAACCUCACAUUUCCAUUCACUUUAUUCCCCAUCUGAAUCAAGGGAUUCUCACCAUUAUUUCGUAGUACCCACUAAAAAUAUGGCUAAAAAGAAACAAACCCAACAAAAACAACCCGACCCACAAGUUCAUACCCAACCGAAAAUGGAGGACAAUACUCAAACUCCAUUACCCCCUCCAACGGAAGAAGACCCAUCUAAAGAAAAGCUUUCUAGUCUGAAAUCAUUGAACUCAAUGCUACUCAAAGAAACGGCUGAAAAACGCCAAGAAAUAAUUGCGCUGCUGGAGACUAAGAAAUCAUUGGAGUCUGAGUUGACUCGUUCUGAGUCUGAGGUUGAAGCGUUGAAGGCUGAGCUGACUCAGAUGAAGGAAGGAGAUGUGGAGAGUGAUGUGACGAAGGAGGUAGUUUCAGUUUUCAUGGAGUCGUUGAAGAGGGAGGAGAGGGAAGAACUGGAGAAAAGGUUGGAAGAAGUGGAGAGAGAAAAGGAGGAAGUUGAGAAGGAAAGAGAUGAGAUUGAGAAGGCUAAGUUUGAAGCUGAUUAUGAAAUUGGGUUGAUGAAGAAAAUGGAAAUGGAGUUAAGGAAUGAGAUUAGGAAGGAAAAGGAACGAUUCAAUGGGGUGAUUAUUGAGAAAAAUGAGUUGAAUAUCAAUCUGGGUCUUAAAAUUGAUGAGAUGAACAGAUUGAAGGAGAAAAUUGAUGAAUAUGAAUUGAAAGAGAAGGAUUCUAAUGAGAAGCAGAUUAAGUUGAAGGUGAUGUAUGAUGUGAAGAUAAAGGAUUUGGAGGAGAAAGAAAAGGAGGUUGAAUUGAUUAAGAAUGAGUUGAAUUUGUUAAGGGAAGAUUCUGAGGAGUUGAGGAAGAUUGUUGAGAGCUUGAAAGGCGAAAAGGAGGCGAUUUUGAAGGAGAAUGGAGCAUUGUUUAAGGAAAGGAAUGAAUUGAAUGAGAGGAUUAAUGGGUUAGUGAAGGAAGUUGAAGAUUUGAGAUAUGAUGUUAAUCAAUCUAGGGUUAAGUAUCUUGAUUUGGAAGAGAUUAAUGUAAGGAAAUGUGAUGAAUUUGAUGGGUUGAUGAAGGAAUUUAAUGGGUUGAUUGAUGAGAAUAAGGAGAAGGAGAAAGAGAUUGAUGGGUUAAUUGUUGAGAAAUCCAUUGUUGAGAAGAAAUUGAAUGUGUUAGAAGAGGAAUUAAAGAGGGAAAAGCAAGUUCAAGGUGAAAUCAUCGAGGAAAAGGUGAUGUUAGAGGAGCUAAAAAAGAGGAAUGAGAAUGAAAUCAUGGAGUUACAAAAGAGAUUGAAUGAGAUUCAAGGGAAUUUGUCAAUGUUACAAGAAUCAAACAUUGAAACCCUUGAUAAGUACAAGAAAUUAGCCUUAGAAGUUGAUGAUCACAAGAUUGAAUUAGGUAAAGUAAGUGUUGAAAGAGAUGAAUUCAAGGCUUGUUUGGAUGAGGAGAAGAAGAAUGGGGUGAAAUUACAAGGUAAAGUAAUCGAAAUCUCGAAAAGAAUGGAGGAAACCGCGAAAGUUUUGGAAGAUUUAAGAAGUACAAGUGAUGUAAUUGUGGAAGAAAAGAAGGAGAUUGAGAAGAAGUACAAGAAAAUGGUGCUAGACAAGGAGGGAAUUGAGAAGGAAUGUGAUGUUUUGAAGGGGAAAAUGGGGGAGUUAGAGAGGUCACUAAAGGCAAAAAGUGAGGUAUUUGAGUUAGCAAUGAGUAUGAUAAGGAAGACCAUUGAUCACCUAUCAAUGGAGGAAGGGGUAAAGAUGAAUAAGAAUGGUGAUGUGGGACCCAUGAUGGUAGGAUUAGAAGAAGGGAUGAAUAAGAAUGGUGAUGUGGGACCCAUGAUGGUAGAAAUGGAAGCAAUGAGAAAUGUGUUGAAGAAAAGGGACGAGAAGGUAGGAGAAAUGAAGGAGAAAAUGGUGGGUUUAGAGAAAGGAUUAAUGGAAGCAAAGAAGAGGAAGAGUUUUUGGACAUUGGUGUCAUCUGCAACAACAAUUUUGGCUGCUGUUAUGUGUUCUUUUGCUUAUGCUAGAGUUCAUUGAUGGGUGAUGGGAUGUUUAAUCUUUUUGGCUUAACAACAACAAAAAAAAGUAUGAGAAAUUAGUUGACAAUUGAAAACAAGGAUGUUUUCUGAUUUUAAGAUGGUUUAGUUUUGGUUUUGGAGGGUCUUUUCUUAAGUAUAGUAUGGUUUAUGAAUCACUAAUGACUAAUGAUCAUGUCUUUUUGGUAAAAGUUCAAAUGCAAUAGUUAUGCAAUAAUAAUACUCUUUCCCUUUUGUAUCA